AACAUACUCUCAGCCAUUCAACAACAUUAAACAGCUGAAGGCUCAGCACAAACAUCCAUUCUCCAUUCCCAUCAAACCAUUGCCUCCAUUUUCCCCAUUCCAACCCCAAAAAAAAAACAAAAAAAAAAAACAACAAAACAAAAACCAAAAAAAAAAAAAAAUGAAUUAAUCAAGGGAUAUUUUCCUCUUCAUGGUUUCCUAAUCCAUAAAUCAAAACCAACAUCAUCAGCUUGAAUCAUCAAAAACAUGGUUGGAGUUGUUGAGGAAGAAAAGGAGAAUUCCCAGAACGCUAAUAACAGUGAUUCCAAAGGAAUGAGUGAAAAUGGAGGAGGAAGCACCAACAGCCCUAAGGCCACAGACAAACACCCAUCAGACAUUGCUCUGAUGAAGGAGAGGUUUGCAAAGUUACUUCUGGGAGAAGAUAUGUCUGGUGGUGGAAAGGGUGUUUCAUCAGCACUGGCAUUGUCAAAUGCCAUCACAAAUACAGCAGCUUCUGUGUUUGGAGAAAUAAAGAGAUUAGAGCCAAUGCCGCCAGAAAGGAAGGCGAGAUGGAGAAAGGAAAUUGAUUGGCUUUUAUCUGUCACUGAUUACAUUGUUGAACUUGUUCCUUCCAAACAGAAGGGUAAAGAUGGAUCAACCAUGGAGAUUAUGGUAACAAGGCAGAGAAAUGAUCUACACAUGAACAUUCCUGCACUUCGCAAGCUAGAUGGAAUGCUUGGUGCGUGUCUUGAUAGCUUUAAAGAUCAAAACGAGUUCACCUAUGCAUCGAAGGAUGAUCCAGAUUCAAAAGGGAAGGGCAGGAAAGAUGACAAAUGGUGGUUACCUAUUCCGAAAGUCCCUCCAAAUGGCUUGACUGAAGCUUCAAAGAAAUGGAUACAGUCUCAGAAGGACUCCGUAAACCAGGUGCAUAAAGCAGCUAUGGCUAUAAAUGCUCAAGUCAUUGCAGAAAUGGAGAUCCCCGAGAGUUAUAUAGAAGCUUUGCCAAAGAAUGGGAGAGCAAGCCUUGGGGACUCGAUUUAUAGGAGCAUCACGGAUGAAUACUUCGACCCAGAUUAUUUCCUGUCGUCCAUGGACUUAACUUCAGAACAUAAAAUCCUAGACCUUAAAGAUAGAAUUGAGGCUUCUGUGGUGAUUUGGAAAAGGAAGAUGACUGCUAAAAACGAGAAAUCAACUUGGAGCUCUGCUGUGAGUAUUGAGAAACGAGAGCUGUUUGAAGAGCGAGCAGAGACUAUAUUGCUCAUUCUCAAGCAUCGCUUCCCUGGAAUUCCUCAGUCUUCCCUAGACAUCAGCAAAAUCCAAUAUAACCGAGAUGUGGGGCAUGCAAUUCUGGAGAGCUAUUCGCGAAUAAUUGAAAGCCUGGCAUUCACGGUGUUAUCACGAAUAGAAGAUGUCCUCCACGCGGAUCAAAUUGCAACGAAUCCCCCAGAAGAGGAAGAAAGCGGGGAGAGGGCAUGUGCUGCCACAGACAGAACAACAUCGAUGACAUUGUUGGAUUUCAUGGGAUGGGGGCUGGACCAAGGAGAUAGCGGCACCCCAAGGAACGAUGGUAGCGAUGAUUCAGGCAAAGAAGGCGACAUGGCAGCAAAUAAGCCACCGGACAUACCAGCAGCCAACAAGAAAGGCUCCUACGUCGAGAGCAUAGGCAGUUAUGGAAGUCCCAUAGCACGCCAAUAAACACUUGGCAGCUGAUUCAACCUCGGAUUCAUCAAACCCCAACUGCCACUUCACUCGGUAACCCAUUUUGUAAGUAGUGAAAGUUAGUACAUUUACCGGGUUUUUGGGACAUGAUUGAUUCAAGCCAACCUUCUUCCAUGUAUUAAAUAAUAGACAUGUAAGUUGUUGCUGUAGUAAAAUUCACAUAUUGUAUCAAUAUAAAAACGAUAAAGUAUAGAAAGUGUUUGCCUGCAAUAUAUAAUUAUUAUGGGGGACCAUAUA